GGACGCUGCGGAUGUUGGUAUAUUCGAAAGUGGUUUUUCUUUUUGUUGGAUUGCGCCCCUCCGAUUUGGCCGAGAGUUGAUCAAAGAGACAAAAGUGCAAAAAUCAGUUGUAAAUCUAUUAACUUAAUCCCACUAGCUAUCAAAAAAAAGGCAAAGAUCCUGAAACAAGAACAAUGCCAACGCAGAGGUCAUAGUCAAUGAUGGCUAAAAGCAGAAGACCAAUGAUGGCCCAAAGCACAUUGUUAACGAGUGAAAAACGGUAAAGGUAAAGGAAUAUCGUUGCUGAGCUCUGCCUAUUAAUACACAAUAUACAUACGUCAAUGUAAUGCCUUCCCGUCGCUCUGGUGGUGGCAGCGGUGGCACCGUAAAGCGUAAACACUCCUUGGGCAAUUUGCGACGAGCGCAUCCCUCCUCCGGGGCAACAUGGAACGUACAGGUGGUUCGUGGCAAAAUGUCCUCCAAGUGUCUGUGGCAUGCAUGUCGCGCUCUUAUUCUCGGUGUAACACUUAUGCUUUUGGGAGCUGGCAUGGCAACACUUGGCUACUAUGCGGAUCAUUUGUCAAUGGGCUCCGAGCUGCGCGGCAAUGUCACAGUGAGAGUAAAAAAUGAUUUGAAGGGCUUUCAUUUGAACAAUUUUGCCUAUGUUGGACCGAUUGUUAUGGGAUUUGGUGGCUUCAUUGUGGUCGCCUCAUGCGUUAUGACAUUCGAGGCACGGGACUCGGCUGCCAAAGUGGUACCGGCACGUCUUCGUGCUGGCGGCGGCAGCAACAAGAAUCCAACGCGUAGCAAUCAGAGUAGCUCCGCUUCACAGCGUCGCGGUAUGGGUGCCCAGUAUCAGUCAACUCGGUGGGAUCAACAUUUCGGAGUAUUUCGAUCGUCGCCGGGCGAUACACACCAGCAACCCCAAGAUACGUAUACAAAUUCAGGGCAAUAUCAACAGCAGCCCUUCGAUCGUGAGGCAUUGACAGCAGAGCUAAUCAAAUUCUCCAAAUCGCUAAGUAGCGUUCGUCGAGUCCGGCAAACGCGUACGGGCGUCUCAGGUGCUGCGGCAGGUGCAUCGGGUGGAACGACACGCAUAAUUAGCAAUUCGUCAAGUCUAAUUCAAAGAGCGACACGAGAAUGUGCAUUACUCCAGCCACCUCCGUCAGCAUCAACAUCGGCAUCGGCGAAUCGCGUCUAUUGGCAGGCGUCCUCCUUCGAUGGCGGCAUGGGAAUGGGAGCAUGUACAUCCGCUGCAGGACAUGAAAAACGCAGCGAGCGUAAUAAACGCUCGGAUACGGCGAAACGUCAUGUUCUUUCGCGUCAGCGGCCCAUUGAACACGAGGAAGGAGGUGGCGGUGGCGGUUGUGCUGGUCGUGAAAGGUGCAGUCCUCUUGGCAAUAGACGCAAUUCAACGUUGUCGGAUUCAUCGUAUAGUGGUCGAUGGACAGCCCGUUGUGCUUCGAUAGCAAGUCGCACGUCUAGCAUCGAUUCCCGUCGGGUACAAGUCGAUUUACAUAGCCCCGAAGUCAUACCCAAAUCGAUAUUGCGUUCCCCGAAACGAUAUAGUUCUGGACCCUCAGCCACACCGUCGGUUGAGAAGGAAUUCCGUAGCCAAUUGUCGGUUUGCUCGGAGCCCCCACAGCCUGUACGGCAAUUAUCCGGACAAUCAAGCAUAGAGCCGUGCGUACCAGAGGAGAUCGUUGACGCCGAUGUAAUUGAAGAGCAAUCUCAGGACAACUGCGAAGUGCGAUGUCUGCAAACAGAAACGGCAAAUGUACACGUAAAUGCUGUAAAUAAUAUUUUACCUCCAAAGAAGACGCGUCCGGACUCCCUUCCACUGGCCACCAACAGUAACAGUAACGCAAGUCCGCAGGAUCAAUCGCAGGAACAGAAGACGAUAGCUCCGCCACUGUAUCGGAGCAAUAGCUCUAGACAGUUUUAUAGGCCCAAGCCUGGAAUAGCCAAUGAACGGGAUGAUUCAGUUUUUUACAUUCGUUCCAUGGAACGGGGAUUGGUUUCAGCCAGAGGCGGCAGCGAGGGCGAUGAUCAAAUGUACGAUUCGCUGCGGGUUAUUAACGAACGGCGAUCGACACUUCUGAAAGCGGACUCGCAGAGUUCGCUGGGGUCAGCGGAACGGAAAUUGAGUAGUUUUUCCCUAAAAAUGCCCGACAUUACCGAAAGGGAAAACUCAAUAGAUGUAGAGGAACCUCCACCAAUAUAGAGCUUAGAACAAAAAGAUGAAAUAACUUAAUUCUUUAAUGAAUAUAAAGAGGACUUAAAAGUGCAUUCGACACUUGACGAAAAAAAAACAAUGAAAUUUCUGUUUUAAACUGUUGUACAUAAUCAUGUAUACAUAUAUAUAUAUACAUAUGCACUGGUGUAGACUUUCUAUUUUAAGUGAAUGUUUUAGAAGAAUAUUUAUGUAUUUAUGAAUGUAUAUUUAGAAGGUUAAUACGACGCCUUCAACUUGUUAAGCAAAUCAACACUGUUGUUUAUUUGCCCAUAAAGUUUAUCAGCAAUAAGAACAUACAAGCAAUCUGUUGAAAA